ACUGAUUUCACAAUGGGCUCCAUCACUGCAGCAAAUGCAGAAUUUUCUUUUGAUGUAUUCAAAGAGCUGAAAGUCCACCAUGCCAACGACAACAUCUUCUAUUCCCCCCUGAGCAUCAUUGCAGCCUUGGCCAUGGUUUAUCUGGGAGCAAGAGGUAACACUGAGUAUCAGAUGGAGAAGGUUCUUCACUUUGACAAAAUUGCAGGACUUGGAGGAAAUAUUCAGACCAAGUGUGGCAAGUCUAUGAAUAUCCACAUACUGUUUAAAGAACUUCUCUCUGAUAUCACUGCACCAAAAGCCAAUUUUUCACUCCACAUUGCCAACAGACUCUAUGCUGAAAAGACAUAUCCAGUCCUACCGAUCUACUUAAAAUGCGUGAAGAAACUGUACAGAGCAGGUCUGGAAAUGGUCAACUUCAAAACAACACCAGAUCAAGCCAGACAGCUCAUUAAUUCCUGGGUGGAAAGUCAGACAGAUGGACAGAUCCAAGAUUUCCUUGAACCAGGCUCCAUUGAUCUCGAUACUGCACUGGUCCUUGUGAAUGCCAUUUACUUCAAAGGGAUAUGGAAGACAGCAUUUAAAGAACACUCUCAGAAAUUUCCCUUCAGUGUGACAAAGGAAGAAAGCAGACCUGUGCAAAUGAUGUGUCAGAACAGUACCUUCAAAGUGGCAGUGGUGGCUGCAGAGAAAAUGAAGAUCCUGGAGCUUCCGUAUGCCAGUGGAGAGCUGAGCAUGUUGGUGCUGCUGCCUGAUGAUGUCUCUGGCCUGGAGCAGCUUGAGGACAAAAUCAGCUUUGAAAAACUUGCAGCGUGGACCAGUCCCAAUGUGAUGGAAAAGAAGAGAGUGAAAGUGUACCUCCCGCGCUUGAAGAUUGAGGGAAAAUAUAACCUCACAUCUGUCCUGAUGGCCUUGGGUUUGACUGACCUGUUCAGCCCUUCAGCCAAUCUAUCUGGCAUCUCUUCAGCAGAGAGCAUGAAGAUAUCUGAGGCCAUCCAUGAGGCAUACAUGGAAGUCAGUGAAGAGGGCACUGAGAUGUCUGGCUCAGUGGAUGUGAUGGGAGACAUCCCACAUUCCUCUGAGUUUGAAGAGUUUAGGGCUGACCACCCAUUCCUUUUCUUGAUCAAACACAAUCCAACCAAUAGCAUCCUCUUCUUUGGUAGAUAUUGUUCCCCCUGAAGAAAGAAA